ACACACCUCAGAGAGCAGAAACACGAGAAAGAGAGUGAGUUCAUAGAACUCAGGUUUUUCGCACAAAACCGAUGAGCAAUAAAAAAAGAGUGGUUGUUUUAUCCUGGAUGCGACCGGCUGAUAUUCUGUUGUGCGCAAUACGAGGCAGUGCCGCGAACGUCUUAAAAAGAGCGACCUAGUCCGCGACUCAGCCAGAUCAGUAACCUAAUUUUUCUGUUCGAUUUCUAACAAUUUUAAGACGUUUGGUUGCUAGUAUGAGUACCGAACAAGAUAUCAAAUAUGGCUGGAACAAUGUUCAUCGCCUCGUGAACACAUCCGAUCGAGGAAAUUCUGUGGAUCACUCGUUGCCGAGGAGCAGCGAGCUCGAUUUUUACAUCAUCAUCGGCCCUGUUGUCAUUACUGGUCGCGGGGAGACAACAACAGCCGCAGUUGGGAAACAAAGGGAACCGACAAUGGUUAUAUCAGCAGGAGAGAGCGACUGUCCAACGCAAGAUGGGUUUCUCGAUCUAUUAGCGCUCGUCUCGACCUUGUUGCGGCGCUGAGGAGAAGCCAUAUUGACAAUCGGGACGUUUGAGAUUUGCCUAAAACGGAAUAAAGGGGAAUUUUCCUCUCACUGCUGCACCGAUAGGAAAAAAACAGAGAAACUUCAGGACCUGUCUCUGCAUUUAUUUGAUUUGUUUGGUUCUACCUUUUGGUAUAUUAUGGAAUACACUAAUCUGCCUAUUAACUUUAAUCUUUCUGGCCUGUAGCGUUCGUUGAACAAGAACUCUGGUAUGAUCGAUCAAUUCAUUCCUCAUAUCCACUGACCAGUCCCAAAGCAUAGUAGGAGCAGAUGAUAAUCUUGGCCAAAUCAAGGGGUAAAUAUCGU